AUGGGUUCCCAUAUGGGACAAUCAACUCUUUUUACACGUCCAACCGGAUGUCUGCUUGGGCAGGAGUACACCGAGAAGGAGUGCGGAGUGCAGCACCGCGUGCAGUUCUUCGAGGAGGGCGAUAAGAUCUGUUUCUCGAGCCGCCCACUGCCCACCUGCUCGUCCAAGUGCAAGGCAUCGGACAAGUUCCCGAAAUACGUUGAUGUCCACUGCCGCGAUGCCAGCGACUCGGCCGCGCAGUACUUCAAGCAGCAGAUCCAGAAGGGCGUGAACCCGGACAUGAGCAGCAAGUCGGUCACCAAGACCGUCAAGUACUUCUUCCCGAGGAAGUGCUUCUACGCUUACUAA